AGACCGUUGAAGUCCCUUUUCAAAUUGCAACAUUUGAAUUUUCUCUCAAUCAUUUUCUUUUUCUUCAUCUUCUGGUAAUUCUGCUAUCAAGAAGGCCACAAUGGGGGCGAAAACGCGGUCUGAAGGCUCGUCAGAGCGUCAAAAGUGGGACAAAAUUUUUGAGGGUUUAGUUAAGAUGCUUAAAACCCAGCAACAACAGCUUGAAACUCUCAGUAAAGAAAGAAAGAUUCUCGAAGAUCGGAUCAAGAUGCAAUAUGAACGUUGGGUCUCUGAUGUUCGCCUCUACGAAGAUCACAUUUCUCAGAUGAAAAGUGGUUUGGAAUCGGAAGAGAUAGCACGUGUGCUUGAGGCUACAAAAGCCGAUAUGAUGGUAGGAUUGAAGCACAGAGAAGCUUAUCUUUGCAAAAUGAAAUUAGAGGAAGCGGAGGAUGAACUGACUGAUUUCAGAAUCUGGUUUGAUAUCCUCGGUAAAAAUUCAAAAGAUAUUUCUCAAAGGGACUCCAUAGAAACCAAAAAAGGGACGUCGGCACGCAAGCGUAGUGGCUCCAAGUCUGUUACUUUGGAGGCGUUGGAAGACGAUAUACGAAGGCUGCAGCUUCAAUACAAAAAUCUUGUUUCGGAAAAGAGUUGUCAAGUCACUGCACUUGUGGCAGAGAAUAAAUUUGCAUGGAAUCAGUUUAAUGCUCUGGAAAGUCGGUACACUGAUAAUUUAAACACCAAGCAGUCUGAACUAGACAAGGCUAACAAGAGAAUUGAGGCACUUAUGUCCGAUAUGGAGGAGCUCAGGUCAUCCAUUGCUGAAAAGGAUGAAAUAAUCGAGAGAUUAAAAGCGGAACUGUCUCGGAAAAAGGCUGAUGCAAGUAGAUUCCAACAGGUUUCUAAAACUUCUGGGGAUGUAGAAUCGUUAAGGAAGUCGAGAAGUGCUUCUUGUACACCUGUAAUAAAACGUUGCGCAGCAGGCGGAAGAACUUAUGUCAUGGGCGGUAAGAACAGUGGCAGGGAUCCCUGUAACAUUACUGUGAAGAAAGAAAAUUCUGCUCCUCAUGUUCCUGAUAUUCAGAAGGAGAAUGAAAAGGGAAGUAGAAGCUCGAAGAGAAAAAAAGAAGAUGCUAAACCCAUAUCUGAAACUCCAAAAUUGUUCACUUCUACAUUUAAAGUUCCCAGAUUGAAAACCUCCUCUCCCAAGACAAGAUGACUCUGCACCGUCAUUUUCGUUUCUUGCUUUUCCAUCAACGUCUGUCUUAAGUAGUUUGUGCAAUAUGUAUUGGUUCCAUACCCUGGAACAAGGCUAAUUAUUAAUGAAUCUGGAUAUGUUUGUAUCCUCUUAUAUCAAUCUGGAUAUGUUUUCCUUUUAUAAGUGGUGGGUGCUAUUAACCCUUUAUAUCACAGUCUCAUGCUAUAACAGUUAAAUCUUUUGUAAUAAAUUUUCACGAAUUAAUUAUUUUUAUGUUUUA